CAUUGACGGUUGUCCCCAGGGAAUCCAAAGGGAUCUCCCCUCCCAGCUGCAAAUGCUGCAACCCCUUGGGAUGUCCUGAUGCUGGCCCUGUGCUGGGGACAGCUGCUGGGAGCUGGCUGCAGUCCACAGCGCCACCAGCGGGGCUGGUAGACAAUGAGGGCCGAGGGGGAGUCCCCAAACCCGAGGGGUACAUCCCUGGCCACGCAUGAUGUCGUCCCCCCGCACACACGUGUCCGCUGCCGCCCCCGGGGAUCGAACCUGAAGGCCCGCUGUCACAGCUGGGCACGGCCGCCCCUCGCGCCCUGCCGGCACGGGGCGGGGCCUGGCGGGGUGCCCUGCCCUGAUUGGCCGCUGAUGUCUGAAAGUGGCGCGCCGGCGCGAGGGGCGCACGUGGUGGCGGGAGAUCCGCACGUGGCGCUGCUCGGCUGGUCCCACCGGCUCCGCGGAGGCAACGCAGCAUGUUCGGGGGCCGGGCGAGUCCUCUCUUCCUGGACACUUCAGGGAUCUGGUGGAAGGACCCACCAUCCCUGGCAGCAGUGGAGGAGCCCUGGGAUGUGACAGAGCUGGCAGCUCUGUGGAAGGCUGCAGAUGACAACUCAGAUCUGAGCCAGCUGGAGGGGGACAGCAAGAAGGAGCUGGAUGUGCAGAACCUGGAGCUGGAGGCCAUCAAAGCCAGAGUACAGGAGAUGGAGAAAGAGGAUGAGAGGCUGAAGAAGUUGGAAGCUGAGAACCGCUUCCUCCUGAGCUCAGAGGCAGGUCUCAUCCCAAAGACAACCGAGGUUGACCAGCGAUCUGUCUAUGUGGGCAACGUGGACUAUGGGAGCACCGCGGAGGAGCUGGAGUCCCACUUCCACAGCUGUGGGCAAGUCAACCGAGUGACCAUUCUCUGUGACAAGUUCUCAGGGCAUCCUAAAGGGUACGCCUACAUCGAGUUUGAGGAGAAGAGCUCAGUGAAGGCUGCGGUGGAGCUGGAUGAGAGUGUGUUCAGAGGCCGUGUCAUUAAGGUCCUGCCAAAGAGGACCAACAUGCCGGGCAUCAGCAGCACCGACCGUGGGGGCUACCGGGGCUGCUUCCAAGCCCGGGGAGGGUUGACCCAGCAUGGAGGCUACUACAGAGGGCAGCAGCCGAGAGUGCGAGGGAGGAUGUACAGGGGUCGGGCAAGGCUGCUGCCGUGGUAUUUUCCAUACUAGAAAGGACUUGGACUGCCCCUGGUGAUGCCGAUGAGACUGAAAUGAGGAGAUGGGAUUGGAGAGAUUUGAAAAUAUGCCUACCCAAGCCAAAAAAGAUUAAUUUUAACAUGCUGUCUGCCUGGCCGUGAGGUUUAGUGGCAUGGCAGCUGUGUGCUGGGCUGCAGGAGGGAGGAUGGGACCCACUCGCACAUCACCAGAUUCCUGCUGGCUGCACGGGAUGGACUCACCUCAGCUUUGCUCAGGGGGUUGCACUUUCAUCCAGAACAGUCUUAUUCCAGAGAACACCCUGUCCUGGGAAGGAAAGAGCUUUCCCAGACCAUCAUCCUCAUCCUACAGGAAAGGGCUGUACUGGAGGGUUUGCUUUGGCUUCUCAGUGUCCCUGUGCCCUUCACCCUCAGUGAAGCACCCUCAGCUUUGCCAGAUGUUUCUACAAGAGCUGAAUCCUGCUUUCUCCUGCCCACAAGAAGAUGCUAAAGACCUUUCCAAAGACUUUUUAAUCUUCUCCAAAUCAGUCUUGGGUUGCAGCUAUAGAUUUGACUGCUGAGGAGCUUUUCCUUUAUCAUUGUUGUGGGUUUCUGACCUUACUCUUGGGAAGCUGGAUGGAGCCCGAUGAUGUGAUUUGGGUUUAGUUUUAAGCUCACUGCUGCUGUUGUGCAUCGAACAACUAGGGGAGGGAAGCAGCAUCCCUUGCUGUCUCUUGAAGCCUCUGUAUCUCUGUGGUGCUUAAACAAGAUGUGGGUGUCACAAAACCCUUCCCUCCUUUUAUUUCAGAACUCAACAACCCCCUCCUGCCUCCUCCUGCUUUUAUUCUGAAGCUACAGGGAUCAGAGUCCUGCUUAAUUUUACUUCUAGCAAUAUUACAAAUUCAUCUCCGCUGUUGCAAAUGGGGUCUGUUCUACCCCUUUCCUCCCAGCACUGUUCCUGCUCCAGAGCCCUGUGUGGGGAUGGUGUGAGCCCAGCUGAACCCGAGGGCAGGCACCAGAGUUGGGUACCAGGAGCGGGUGCUGCCUGGAACUUCUCCUUCUGCUGAUUCCUGAGCUUUGAAACCACUCAUUUUUAAAGGAAAAGCUUUGUGCUAGCAGAGGUGGGCUGCAAACACCAGCACACAGUGUUACCCUGUGAAGUUCUGCAUUGAAAUCAGGUUUAUUAUGUAAUUCUCGCACUAAUCCUUCGGGAUCCCUGGUUAGGAUUCCUUUAACCCGGAUGCAACAGAUGUGACUGAUUCCUAAAGCAGCUUUUCACAGCUCAGAGGGCAUUGCCAGGCAAAAAAUCCCACUUUUUUCCUUUUUCCCUCCCUUAAGGUCUCAAGACUUUUUUAAAGCUUGGGGCUUUAACUCUUGAUGUGUUGAUUUUGCACUUUGCUCAGUGUAGACUGUGCUGCUGGGACCAGCCUUGAUCCAAGCCACCCUUCAGCUUAGACUAUAAAACUGUCUUUUUCUAGAGCUUUUAAACUUUCUAUUUAGUAGCUUUAUGAAUUCUUGAGACUUAGUUUUUAACAAAAACUACUUUGGGGUGUUUGGACUUCUCUUGUAGAAGAGGAAAUACUGAACUCCUGUCUCUGUGAGUGAAAAAAGUGAAGAAUUUUAUAUGAAAACAUUCUGGAAUAGCAGCGUACAGCUGUGCAUUGUUUAGAUGGUGGGAGAGGCUGGAACACUUUCAUUUCCCAUUAUUGAACAGGUUGUUGUUGUUGAUUAAAUGUAUUCUUUAGUUCUGUUUGAGAAAGUAUUGUAAAUGUCACUUAUUUUUAAAAUAAAUGAUCCUGCUGUGUGAACCUCA